AAAGUUUUCAUCAACAGCCGCCAUUUUGCGCUGGAGAGACCAAGAAGUAUUUCGGAAUUUGUCGUGUAAAUUUGCUGUUUUUUCUUACAUCAUUUUUUCAUAAACUCUACCAUUCCGUAUAUUUUAAAGAGAUAAGUGAAAUCGUGUUAUUAUUUCGGUAAAAUAAGUCCAAUAAAGCAGCAAAAAUCUAGUGAUUUGUUUUCAUUUAUUGUGCUAGUUCCGACGGAAGAUGGUGAGAGGGUCUGUGUAGCUCUUCGAUUCCGAGCUUUGUAAUGGCGAAUACUUGAGUGAGAAAUUUUAAUAUGUGCCUUCAAUGGUCUGAAGGACAUCGAACGAUCGGGAUGUGGGUGAAUUUAAUUUUAGUGGAUCAUAAAUCGCUUUAUAAUGUUAUUUCUUGAAGUUAUAAGACAUAAAAGUGUUAUUUGAAUCGGCGGGCCGAAAUAUUCACGACGGCUUACGUUUAGUAAACAGAGCCAUGGCCGAUCAUCAUGUUGAUGAGCCGCCUAACAAGCGAGCUAAGAUGAUCCGGGACCCUUUUCAGGGUCCCUCAGACACCGCGGUAGAUGGGUUUUCGAACCUUGACAUGUUCGACUUGGAAAAGGACCUCCCAGAUGAGUUGAUGGCGGGGUCCUGGGGCGAGCAACCUGGUGUAACGGGGCCGAAGCCUCCAGCUCAAGGGCCAGGCCCUGGGCCACAAAUGGCCCCACAGCAGCAACUCAAUGGUGAUGACCCAACCGCAGCUAUGCAUAGACAUAUUAACAGUCAUCUAAUACAACAAGUCUUUUCACAGGGCAAUAAGAGUGGUUUAGUUGGCCACAACAAUCCGUUAGGAUUGGGCACACUAGGGAGUAAAAGUCCUAAUCUGCAAUCACCUCCCAAUGUUUCUGUGUCCAAAGACUUAAUGGGUAAUUUGCACCCACAGUUAAUGCCAAAUACAAGUCAUCCAAAUCAACUGCAUUCUAACAUGCCCAUGAGUUCCAUUCAAGGUGGAAUGAAUGUAACCAAUGUUGGAGGCAAUAUGAUAGUGACAAACAGUAACAUGACGGGUGCUGGGAUGCUUGGCGGUGGGAUAAUUAACAAUGUAAAUAAGCUCUCAACACUAGUAACUAACAACCAUCACCCGUCGGCUCCCCAUCACCCACACACGCAAUUGUCACAGGUAAUGCAGAACGGUCCCCUGGGCGGUCGGGUAGGCGUGGGUGUGGGCGUGGGCAUGCGCGGCGGGCUGCAGCACGUUGGUCGCAUGGCGGCGCCGGGGGGCGGCGGCCACCCGCUGGCGCCCUAUCAUCCCACGUACGGCCAAUCGCCGCCCGCGCGCUGUCCGCAGGGCGUGCGUUUCGGGCCCCCGGACGCGGGCGCGCCGGCGGGCGGCGCCGCGCCCGCUGUGCCCCCCGCGCCCUCCCCGCAGACGCCGGGUGCGCCCGCCGGUGGCCAAUCGCAACCGCAAUCGGCUACACAGUCUGCGGCGCCACCUAGCGGUUCGAUCGCGGACCCCGAGAAGCGCAAGCUGAUACAGCAACAGUUGGUGCUCCUGCUGCACGCGCACAAGUGCCAGCGGCGCGAGUCGCAGUCACAGAACGGCGAGACGUGGCAGUGCACGCUGCCGCACUGCAAGACAAUGAAGGGUGUCCUCAACCACAUGAUGUCUUGUCAGGCGGGCAAGAACUGUGCGAUACCUCACUGCUCAUCAUCAAGACAAAUAAUAAAUCAUUGGAAGCACUGUAACAAGAAUGACUGUCCAGUCUGUUUACCUCUGAAACAGGCAGAUAGAAGAAGCAGUACAAUGAACCCAAUAGUUUCGCACGCGACGACUGGGGCCGCUGGAGGCGGGCCGACAGGUGGCGUGGCGGCGGUCGCGGGCGCGGGGGGCGCAGGUCCACUGAACGCGCCGCUGGCGGGUGGCGUGGGCGGUGUGGCGGGCACGGGGGGUGCGGGCGCGCCUGCGCCGGGCGAUAUGAAGCGCGCCUACGAGGCGCUCGGCAUCACGUGCCCCACUUCCAUGGCGGGCGGGUUCCGCAGCGGCGUGGCGCGCAUGGCGGCGCCGCGACCAGCACUGCCCGACGCCCCGCAGCCCACCCUACAACCGCUCUACGCGCAGCAGACGAUGCCUGAUCUGCAGCAGCAACAGCAGCAGCAAACGCAACUUCAUUCGUUUGUUCAGAUGACGACGGGUACGCUGCAGCUGCCCGGCGGGCCCGUCACCGCCAACCCGGUGUCAGGGACCAAGGAAUGGCACCAGUCUAUAACUGCUGAUCUCAGAAACCAUCUAGUUCAUAAACUGGUGCAAGCUAUAUUUCCGACGCCGGACCCCACAGCAAUGCUGGACAAGAGAAUGCACAAUUUGGUCGCGUAUGCGAGAAAGGUCGAAGGUGACAUGUAUGAAAUGGCGAGCACUAGGUCUGAAUACUAUCAUCUACUCGCUGAAAAAAUAUACAAAAUACAAAAGGAAUUAGAAGAAAAGAGACAAAAACGAAAAGAGCAACAACAAUUACAACAACAGCAGCAACAACAGCAGCAGCAACAACAACAGCAACAACAACAGCAGCAGCAGCAACAGAUGCAACAAUCUGGUGUCAUGUCCGCCGGCGUCCUGGGAGUGAGGGCGCCCGGAGGUGUUAUUGGACCUGGACCUGGCUCUGGCGUCGGGCCCAACGUAGGCCCGGGCGUGGGGCCCGGAGUAGGUCUGGCGAGACCCGGCCUGGGAUCCGCGCCGCCCGGCCUCGGACUGAGAAUACCUUCACCUGGCAUGUCUUUGCCAAUGCCUGCGAGUCGCAUGGCCUUCCAGAAUAAUCUAGUAGGACCUCCGGGACCUAGUCCUAAUCAGAUGCCUCAAACACCUAACGGGGGUUCCGUGGGUGUAGGCAGCGUAGGCAAUCCCGGAAUGUCACCCUUCGGACAGCCGAUGACUUCCCCGGCGCCACAGUACCAAUCUAUGCAAACCAAUGGCCCCGCACCGCUGGCGUCGCCGAACCACCAGCAGGAGACUAAAGUCCGCCUGUCGGGGGGCCCCGUCGCGAGUCCUUUCAUGAACCACUCCUCGUUCCGAAGCGACCAGUCGACGGCGUCCCCCAACCCCGUGAAUUCUGCGGGCCCGCCUCCGCCCGGCACGCCCGCCACGCCGCACACGCACCCGCACCCCAGCCCCGCGCCCGAUCCGCGCCCCGCCUCACGACCCGCCUCCGUCUCAGCGCAGAAAGCGGCGCUUAACGCCGCCGCUUCCGCCGAAGACAGUCCCGAGGACGUGCGGAUCAAACAGGAGCAGGACGACAUUAGAAUAAAGGAAGAGCCCGACGAGGACAGCGGAGGGAAAGGUAUGAGAGCCGAGACGCCCGGCGAUAAGGAACCCAUGGACAGGACCGACAGGUACCCCGACUUCUCCGUUAAACAAGAGAUAAAACAAGAAAUUAAAGAGGAACCGAGCGAAGGGCCCGCGAGCGUCUCCAGCGUCGAGCCCGACCGGGGACCGAAGAAAAUGUUCGUGUUCAAACCUGAAGAUUUGCGGCAGGCGUUGAUGCCCACGUUGGAGAAAUUGUUCUGCCUGGACCCGGAGUCGCUGCCGUUUCGACAGCCAGUCGACGCACAAGCCCUGGGCAUUCCUGACUACUUUGACAUUGUGACGAAGCCAAUAGAUCUGUCCACCAUUAAGAUGAAGCUGGACAGAGGUGAAUACAAAGACCCGUGGGAGUAUGUGGACGACGUCUGGCUGAUGUUCGAUAAUGCGUGGCUUUACAACAGAAAGAACUCUAGGGUCUACAGGUAUUGUACAAAGCUGUCGGAGGUGUUUGAGCAAGAGAUUGACCCAGUGAUGCAAAACCUGGGAUACUGUUGCGGGAGGAAGUACACGUUUAACCCUCAAGUGCUGUGCUGCUACGGCAAGCAGCUGUGCACGAUACCCCGCGACGCCAAGUACUUCAGCUAUCAAAAUAGUCUAAAAGCGUAUGGGGUUGUGUCCGAUAGAUACACCUUCUGCCAGAAGUGCUUCAAUGACAUCCAGGGCGACACCGUCACGCUCGGAGACGACCCGCUACAGCCACAGACAGCCAUCAAGAAGGAUCAAUUUAAAGAAAUGAAAAACGAUCAUUUGGAGCAAGAACCGUUUGUGGUGUGCAUGGACUGUGGGCGGAAGCAGCAUCAGAUAUGCGUACUCCACCACGACCAGAUUUGGCCCCAGGGCUUCUGCUGUGAUAAUUGUUUCAAGAAGAAAGGGGCCAAGCGGAAAGAUAACAAGUUUUGUGCAAAGAAGUUGCCCACUUCGAAGCUCGGCAUUUAUAUUGAGACUAGAGUCAAUAAUUUUCUUAAGAAGAAAGAGGCUGGUGCGGGCGAGGUGCAUAUCAGGGUGGUCGCAUCUUCUGAUAAGAUUGUAGAAGUUAAGCCAGGUAUGAAAUCUAGAUUUGUAGAAUCAAGUGAAUUGUCUCCUGAAUUCCCGUAUCGGGCGAAAGCGUUAUUUGCAUUUGAAGAAGUGGAUGGAACUGAUAUAUGUUUCUUUGGAAUGCAUGUGCAGGAAUAUGGUAGUGAAAGUCCGUCACCAAACACGAGGCGUGUUUAUAUAGCAUAUCUAGACUCUGUACAUUUCUUCCAACCUAGACAGUAUAGGACUGCGGUAUAUCAUGAGAUUUUAUUAGGUUAUUUGGACUACGCCAAGCAAUUGGGGUACACGAUGGCCCAUAUUUGGGCAUGUCCCCCAUCGGAGGGGGACGACUAUAUUUUCCACUGCCAUCCGCCCGAACAAAAGAUACCCAAACCUAAAAGGUUGCAAGAGUGGUAUAAAAAGAUGUUAGAUAAAGGUAUCAUAGAGAGAAUAAUAUUAGAUUACAAAGAUAUACUUAAGCAAGCGAUGGAGGACAAUAUCUCUUCGGCGGCAGAGCUCCCCUACUUCGAGGGCGAUUUCUGGCCGAACGUCCUGGAGGAGUCUAUCAAGGAGCUGGACCAGGAGGAGGAGGAGAAGAGGAAGCAAGCAGAGGCCGCCGAGGCAGUGAUAUUCCAGUCUUCUGAAGAAAAUGAGCAAGGUCCUGAUGGUAAGAAGAAAGGCCAGAAGAAGGCAAAGAAAUCGAACAAAUCGAAGGCGGCGCAGAGAAAGAACAGCAAGAAGCAGAGCGACCAGCAGCAGGGCAGCGAUCUCAGUGCAAAGAUAUUUGCCACCAUGGAGAAACAUAAGGAGGUGUUCUUUGUCAUCAGGCUACAUUCCGCACAGUCUGCCGCCAGCUUAGCGCCAAUCCAGGACCCCGACCCGUUAGUGAACUGCGAUCUGAUGGACGGGCGCGACGCGUUCCUGACGAUGGCGCGUGACCGCCACUACGAGUUCUCGUCGACGCGGCGCGCGCGCUUCUCCACGCUGUGUAUGUUGUACGAGCUGCACAACCAGGGCCAGGACAAGUUCGUGUAUACGUGCAAUAGCUGCAAGUCGCACGUCGAGACGCGCUUCCACUGCACCGUCUGCGACGACUUCGACCUCUGCGUGCCCUGCCACGAGAAGGAGGGACACCCACACAAGAUGGAGAAGCUCGGCCUCGACAUCGAUGUGGACUCCUCGCCUGGCGACAUGAAGCAGGCCAACCCGCAAGAGGCGCGCAAGCUCUCCAUCCAGCGCUGCAUCCAGUCUUUGGUGCACGCGUGCCAAUGCCGCGACGCCAACUGCCGCCUGCCCUCGUGCCAGAAGAUGAAGCGCGUCGUCGCCCACACCAAGAUCUGCAAGCGGAAGACGAAGGGCGACUGCCCCAUCUGCAAGCAGCUCAUCGCGCUCUGCUGCUACCACGCCAAGCACUGCACCGAAUCCAAGUGUUCGGUGCCGUUCUGCAGCAGCAUCAAGCAGAAGUUGAAGCAGCAGAAGGUACAGCAGCGCGUGCAGCAGCAGCAGCUGCUGCGACGACGCGUCGCCGCCAUGAACACACGCGGCGCCUGCGCGCCUUCCUCACCGCCGCACGCCAGCGUGCCGCUAGCCUCGCCUCCGCACACCUCCGCGCCUGCCAAGCCCGCCGCGCACGCGCUGCCACACAACGUGCAGAAGGUACUGCAGCAGGUGCAAGAGGAAGCGGCGCGUCAGCAAGCGCCCUCGUACGGCAAGCAGGCGGCGAUGGGCCCGCCGGGGUGCGCGGGUGGCGUGCGAGGCGAGUGGGCUCCGCGGUACCGCGCCGCGCCACCCCCGCUGCAUCACCCACCACACCACGCGCAGCACCACCCGCGUCUGCAGCACCACGCGCCCCAGCAGCCGCCGCACGCCGCGCAGCAGCAGUUGCAGCAGCGAGCGCCGCCGCCGCCAGGGCCGCAGCAGACGCCGCCGCAGGUACACCAGAAGGCGCUGCAGCAGCUGAUGGCGACGCUGCGCUCGCCCACCAGUCACAACCAGCAGCAGGAAAUCCUGCAGAUCCUCAAGUCCAACCCGCCGCUCAUGGCGGCCUUCAUCAAACAAAGGCAAUUAGUGAACGCCCAGAGCCAGCAACAGGUCGCCAGCGGAGUAGGAGGCGUCGGACCCGUGGGUAAUGUGGGCAACGCGGGUGGCGUGGGCAUCGGCGGCGUGGGGCUUGGCGUGGGCGGCGUGCAGCAGCAGCAGCAGCAACUGCAGCACAUGAUGCAACCGCAGCAGCAGAGGGUGCAAAUGCACCAGAUGCUGCCGCAACAGACACAGGUGGGAGGAGCCGUCGGUGGCGUGGGCGGAGUUAACAUGGGUGGAGUAUCGGGAGGCGGCGUCGGCGGCGUGGGCAAUGUGGGCAUGGCGAGCGGCGGUUGGUUCAAGCAGGGCGGCGGCGUGGCGGGCGUGGGCGGGGUGGGUGGUGUGGCGGGCGGGAUGUUGGGCAUGCGGGCGCCGUACGCGACCGGCGGCGCGCCGCGCCUUAGUGCGCGCUACUUCCCCGGCGGCGUGGGCGUGGGUGGCGUGUUGCAGCGCUCGCCACCCGCGACGCCCUCGCCGCGGCCGCCUACGCCCUCGGAACUGCUGCUGCUGCGGCAAUCGCCCGCGCCGGCCGCGCCCCACCACGCGCCCGACGACCAGCCGCCGCCCAUGACGCCGCAGGACCAACUCACCAAGUUCGUCGAGCAGUUGUAG